AUGAACAUGUUAAAAGGUUAUUGUAGUAGCUUCUUCUUCAGAAGAUCCAAUUUACAUCUUCUCCGUUCAAACUUCAAUACCAGAUUUUGCAAACUUCAUCAAGCAGCUGCAAAAGUUGAUAUGCCCCUCCAGAUGAGCAGCUCAACCGUUGUCAGGACAUCGAUUGAGGAUGUCCGUAGUUUGCGAUUUAUCACAGCGGUUAAGACUCCGUAUCUACCUCAUGGAAAAAUUGAUCUGGAAGCAUAUGAUAACUUGGUGAAUAUACAAAUUGCGAAUGGCGUUGAAGGUAUUCUUGUUGCUGGCUCAACUGGUGAAGGCCAGUUAAUGACAUGGGAUGAACAGAUAAUGCUCAUUGCUCAUACGGUAAACUGUUUCGGCGACAAAGUUAAAGUUAUUGGUAAUGCGGGAAGCAACUGUACGAAAGAAGCGAUUGAGGCCACCGAGCGAGGUUUUGCGGUUGGAAUGGAUGCGGCACUUCAUAUAAACCCUUACUAUGGAAAAACCUCAGUGAAAGGUUUGGUUGCUCAUUAUAAUAGUUUGCUUUCUAUAGGACCUGUCAUUGUAUACAAUGUACCUUCAAGGAGUGGUCAAGAUAUUCCACCUAGUGUGGUUGAAAUAUUGGCUGAAAACCCUAAUUUUGUUGGUGUGAAAGAGUGUGUGGGAAAUGAGAGGGUGAAAAUGUAUACUGAUAAAGGGAUUGUUGUGUGGGUGGUUGAUGGAAUGAGCCAUGAAGGUAGAUGGGAUUGUGGUGCUGUUGGAGUUCAAUCUGUUGCAAGUAAUUUGGUUCCUGGUUUAAUGAGGGAACUCAUGUUUGAGGGUAAGAAUUCUUUAUUGAAUUCAAAGCUUGUGACUUUGUUUGAUUGGCUUUUUAUAGAGCCAAGUCCAAUUGCUUUGAGUACUGCUCUUGCUCAACUUGGGGUUAUCAAACCUGUUUUUAGGUUGCCAUAUGUACCUCUGAAUAUGGAACAAAGGGUAGGGUUUGUGAAUUUGGUGAAGGAAUUGGGUAGAGAAAAUUUUGUUGGAGAAAAAGAUGUUCAAGUUCUUGAGGAUGAUGACUUUAUCAUAGUCUCUCGUUAUUAG